CCCUGACCCAGCCUUGUUUUGAUUAUUAGGUCCAGUGGACUGGGUGGCCGCCCAGCACUGUUGACAGCAGAGUAUGAAGCCAACAACCAGGAGUUACAUGUUGAUGCUAGCACUGACAAAUGAUUCAGGCAAAAGAGAUCAUGGCAUCUGUCAAAGAGCAGGAAGCCAUAGCCAUCAUGGUUUUCCUGCAGGAAUGGGAUAGUGCCCACAAAGUUGCUCAAACAACUGUUGCAUCCUCAACAGCUUCAUUAAAACAAGGCAGGACCAGAGCUGGAACUGGAGUUCCCAGAGAGCCAGAUUGUUUUCUGGCCCACCUAACAGUGUGGCUCAGGAUGCUGCAUCUGUUUCCUUGGACAGCUGGAUGUGUGUGUGGUAGUGAGAUGGAGAGGAUGGCAAGGUCUCUACUCAAAAGUUGUUUAAAGAAUAAGCUUUUGUACAGAGACAUCCACAUCCACAUCCAGCCACAUUCUGCAGGCUUAAAAAACACCCUGGUUAUCAAAAGAUGCUGCCUGCCUGCAAGAGGAUGCUCCAUGCUUUUGUGCAGAGACAGUAUCCAGUUCAGACCUCUACCCACUGCAGUGAGAUGGGAGGUGAUGGCUCCCAGGACAUGGCAUGCUGGCAGAGGAAGAUGGGCUCCAAGGCAAGUGACAUUUCUGGCCUUGUUCCCCUUAUUCUUGCAGCCUUGCAGCCACACAUACCUUACUGAAUUUCUGGAGAUCAGAGGUGUCUUGAUUCCUCUGGAAAUACUGAGGCUGAACCACCUGAAAGAAGAGGACAAAAGAGGGUUUAUAAAGCUGCUGUUGCUCACUGGAGACACUGGCCGGGAGUAUGAGGAGCUCAUUUGUGAAAGCUGUGGCACACAGCAUACCAAGUUCUUAAAUGCCUCCAACACAGCAGAAGGUCAAAAAGAUGCACAGGUUCUGCUGGACUCUUUGGGCCACAGCAACCCCAAGUACCAGAGCCAAGAUUCGCAAGGGCUCGGAGCUGUGCUGUUGUGUACCGCCCCCCAAGCCCAGCACGGGGCUCAGGCAGGUGAGGAGUGGGCCUUGCUGGGGGCUACGGGGAGUGUUACCACCUGUGUCCAUCCCUGCUCAGGCAGGAGCUGUGCCUGUCUCCUUGGCAUUCUGGCUGCACUGGGUAGCCCUACUGCCUGGAAGAGAACAGUCUGGAGAACUGUGUGAAGACUGUCCCAGUCACUCUGCCCUUUC